UCUUCGUGUAAAGAGCGCUGUUUUUUUUCAUCCAGAUAUGUCCUGCUCUGUGAAAAUAUUUUUCCUUGUGCGUAAAAGCGGUCACCCCGGCCCUUUCCUUUUGUUUUGCCCUAAGUGAAGUUUCCUUCGGGGUUUUAUUUUCCCACUGCCGUAUUUCCUAGUCGGGAUCGGGAGGAGGUGGUGGAUGUUUGCUGGAAAACCUCACUGCCUACGUAACUUUUACACCGGGAUAUCUGGAUGCUGCAGGGGUCCGUUUUGCGCUCUUUAAACCAGGACUGGUGUCCCUGUGCACGUCUGUCUAACUUUAUCUGGUCGGUAAAACAUCCUAUAAGUAUUUUGGUGUGCUUUUUUCCCGACCCCAUCCUAUCUGCACGGGUACAGCACAGUGGCCCGCUGUCUCCUCCGUCCAUCUGCCUGCAGAAUAUCAACCUGCGGUUUUCACAAGAGUAAUUAUGUGAGAAAGUCCCGAAAACUUCGCAAAGAUCCCUAAGUCAGUACAUCGGAGUCGGGAUCCGGAGAGCCGCUCCUCAAGGGACACACGAUGCAGUUUCUGGUACUCGUGGUGACGGCGGCGAUCGCCGGCGCUCCGCACCGAGCCGCGGAAGCCCAAGCCCAGGCAGCCAAGGCGCUGAGAGCCGCCAAUCCGCGGCGCGACGACUUGUACCGGAAGGAAGAGACCAUCCACGUACUUGAGGAGGGACACAUUCAAAGCCCCCGCUACCCCAAUGGCUACCCCCGCAACGUGCUGCUCUCCUGGAAGCUGGUCUCGCAGGAAAACACUCGCAUCCAGCUGGAUUUCGACCGCCACUUUGGCCUGGAGGACGCGGAGAAUGACGUGUGCAGGUAUGACUUUGUGGAGGUGGAAGACGUAUUGGAGACCAGCAGCAUCAUCUGGGGACGGUGGUGCGGGCAGAAAGAGGCCCCCCCGAGGAUUACCUCCAACACCAACACCAUCAAGGUCACCUUCAAGUCAGACGACUACUUUGUGGUGAAGCCUGGUUUCAAACUCUACUACUCUCUGGUGGAUGGUGCCCCAGUCUCAGCAUCUGAGAGGAACUGGGAGGCCGUCACCUUCUCCAUCUCCGGCCCGUCGGCACCCCCCACCACAGUCACGGACGGCCCGCUGAACGCCGUCGCCGCCCUGGAUGAGACGGUCGCCACCUUCGACACGGUGGAGGAGCUGCUGAAGCACCUGAACCCAGAAUCCUGGCAGGAUGAUAUGGACGGCAUCUACCGGGAGGCGGGCCACUACCGGCCGCGGGCCUAUCACCACGAGCGCAGGCACAAAGUGGACCUGGACCGGCUGAACGAGGACGUGAAGCGGUACAGCUGCACCCCCCGGAACCUCUCCGUGAACCUGCGGGAAGAGCUCCGCGCAACUAACGCCGUCUUCUUCCCACGCUGCCUGCUGGUGUUGCGCUGUGGCGGGAACUGUGCCUGUGGCACCUCCGGCUGGAACAGCUGCAGCUGCAGCCCCUCCAAGACCUCAGACAAGCUGUACGAGGUGCUGAAGUUCUCCCCGGAGCCCAGCUUCUUCCGGAAACGAACCCGAGCCCAGUGGGUCCUGGAAGAGAUCCACCUCCAGCACCACGAGCAGUGCGACUGCGCCUGCCACUCCCGGCCGCCCCGGUGAGCAGGGCAUGCUGGGAGACCCCCCCCCCAGCAGACUUUCACGGCGCCCUCUGCCCCUGCAGAUCGCUUCUCCCGGGCUGGGCGAUGCAGACGGCGUCUCCCGCGGUUCCCCCUGAGAGCUCUUUGGAUCGGUCGCAGUGUGGCGCUUUGUAACCUCUGUCACGUGCGUGUCUGAGGGCUUCCCGGAUAAUUGAAUGCAUAGUCUGUCCGUGCGAUCGAACUCUAAGACAAUAAAGUCUCGCCGAAAGCAUCUCACGAUUAAUACGCUGCCGCUGGGAAGCAGUAAUAUUUAUUUCAUUACUUUGGCAUUCUGCAGUAGUAAAUUACACUUCCUGUGUGCCUGUCUGUCUUCUCAGGUAGGAUACUUACAGCCUGUGUGCUGGGUCGGCCCCCCCCCGCUCCGGCGCUCGCCUCACACAUCAAAGGCGAGCUCAUUAGAGGUGCCAUGUUUCUCACGAACGUUCAGCAUCCUAAGCAGAUUCCCAGGGAAACAUUUCCUCAUACAGCAUUUGGAUUCGCUUGACUCUGAAUAUUAAUACCGACGCCAUAAAAUAUUCAAACUCUAAGACGUCCACUUAUUUAUUGUCAGUUUUUCACUGCCACUUAUCCAGGGUCUCCACAUUUUACAGUUCGCUACCAGAUAUUUUGUUUUAUAGGAAGUAGUUGAUAUUUCUGUUAAACAUUCCAAAACCUCAAAACAAAUUGACUCUCUUUGUUGUUUCCUGGUAGGAUUUCACCAGCGGCUCCUAAAUCUACCUUCCCUCAGGUUUGUUUUGGUUAUGAGUUGAGCUUCUUAUCUAGAUUCGCAGUGACCUGAUAGGAACGAUCCGUUCGUAGUAAAAAAAAAAAAAGGGAGCCGCUCGUUGGUGCCUCAGAGAAUGAUGCUGCGAUUAAAGGUUCAGGGGUAGAAGAAGAGCAGUGAGCAAACCCUGCAGCUGAGGGGAGGGGCGGUAGCUCCCCCUCACCCCCAAACCAUGGCCCAGCUGCAGCCUGCCAGUCAGUGUGAGCCUUCGUUUCAGUGGGAACUGGGAGGUCAGGCCUCGGGCUGUUACUGGAUGUGCACCUCCGGUUUUUAUGAGACGAGAGGUCAUUAACACUGCGUGCCUUACAUUGAGCGGGGAGGUCUGGUGCUAAUUGGUGAGAGUGUUAAUAAUGAUUAAUGGUGUAGCUGGAAAAAAGGACCUCAGCCUAUGUUAAUCAUGAAAGAGAAUAAGAGAUAAGAUGCCUCACUCUACCUGCCCUCCCUCUUCAGCUCAGCUAACUUCUCCAAAGCCCUGCAGUUCAGUUAGUCCAUUAAGGUCAGCUGGCCGUCGCUGCUUCUCUCUCUCCCUCCUUGGCCGACUCCUGCGAAACAUGGACCCUGGGCAUCCUGGAGAGAUGUUUGAAACCAGCGUGGCAAACAGAAGAGGAACAUGAAAUAUGUAAUAUGUCAUCAUAUGUGUCGAGAGGCAGCUGGCUCUCUUGCGACUUGCGCGUGAACAGACGGUUUACGGGACAGAACGCAGCCCUUAUGCUUAUACAUGCGGCCCACCUGCAUGUGCGUGUCGUCCUGCUUCUGUCCGCGAGAGCAGUGGGCAGAUGGAGCCUCUGACAGCCUCUUCCCUGCCUUAGACACACAGGCGUCCGCUGCUUCCCUUUAGAGGCAUUUUCACCUGUGCUUUUUGCUCGUUCCCUGUAAAUGGGACCCUUCGCUCUGCCUACACAUGUAACACAGGCAGUUGUAGGCCCCUAUUUUUUGUCGCGCCCCCCAGAAUAAUAGCUUUUCCUAAAACCAUUUAGCAACUUUCCACAUACAUUUUGGAUUUUCUUGUACAUUUCGUUCCUCUGGUGUGACAGACUUUACAGGGGGGCUCCCUCCUCCUCUCUGCAGAUUUACUCGUGGGGGGGGGGCAUCCUGUAUUUCUUCAGGGGUCCCUCUAAGGGUAAAAUCGUAGCGUCGACUCCUGAUAACUGCUAAUUAAAAUGAGCCCCGCAUGUUGUCCAAAGCACAACUUUUUGACAAAGGAAAUUUUGGGGACUCCUGUGCCGCACUCAGCCUGGCCUGUUUGACUUUCUGCCCUGCGUGUCGCUGUCUUUAGGGUUAUUUACGCCAGAAAUGCCGUUUACUAUAUAUACUUCUUUCCCACUGGACCCCAGGAGCAGCUACUCUCCAAAAACCUUUGCGUGCUUUUUUUUUUUGUAAAAAAAUAAAGAAAUCACAAAAUUGCUCCUCCCAAACAGGCAGCCCCCCCCAGUGUUAAACUGAAACGCUUUUAAGUUCACGCUGCCAUGUCUUGCCAUGAGCCUUUGUGUUACUGUGAAAUCCUUGGGAAGCCCUUGAAAAACAGCAGCCUUGUUAAUCAUUUAUUCAGUAUCUCAUCUUUCAUUAAAGGCCCCAGCUUUUUGUGAUAAAUAAAACAAGCUUUCUCAUGUGCAGUGCCAGCCAGCCUGCCGCCGAUUUCACAUGCGUUUCCCACAAAGCCGCUUCUGCUCCGAUCGGCGUGUAAACAGACAUGCUUGUAAUUAGUGCUCCCUGUCUGAUGGAAUGUAAAGAUUGCUCUGUGAUGAAAGGGAAUGAGUGGAGAGAUAUUUUUGUUAUAAAAAAAAGCAGUAAACGAGUGUAUAAAACACA